UUUUUAUAGAAAAUAUGGGGAGCAAUUAUUUUGGUGAACCAAACUUUGUAAAUGAAAGAUCAUCAUCAUCUUCAUCAGGAUCAUCAAGAAAAAGCAAGAAAAAUAAUUCAGAAAAACCAAACAAGCAACCACAAAGAGGACUUGGUGUUGCUCAAUUAGAGAAAAUUAGAUUGCAUAGUGAAAUGGGUGCUAAUUAUCUUCACAAUAAUAAUCCUUAUGCCAACAAUCUCACACAGGAGGAUAUGAGACUACAAGCAACAUAUUCAUCAUCUUCAUCUUUUUCAUACUCAACAACUUCUUCUACUUAUGGUUUUCCCAACCACCAAGGCAUUAUGAUGGGAAUGAGUGGCAUUGAUGGAGCAAAUAUCAGAUAUGGAGAUUCUCAGCCUAGUUCUAGACCAAGUACAUGGCAUCCUGGCACAGUGCAUGAUCCUCAAGUGUAUGCUCAACCUAAUAUGACUAGACAUCACCACAACAUGCAAAUAGAGGAUUCAAUGGAAAGGAGGAGAAAGAAAGAUAGAAGUGACUCUAUUGGUUCAAAUAGUCAAAAUUCUGAAUCAAAUGGCAGUCAAGAUUUAGAUUUGGAGCUCAGACUUUCCCUUUGAUUUACUACUAUUAUUACUAUGGAUUUGAAUAUAUCUCAUGAAUACUAAUUAGUUAAUAGUGUUUUUUAAAAAAAAAAUAGAGAGCACCCUUUGGUUUGUAUUUUGCAAAUGUUGCACAAAUUUAUUAUGAGCAACUUAUUGAAAUUCACUAGU